AGGAGGAGAGCAGGGCUGGUGUGUCAGGUUUCCAUGCACUGCACGUGUGGGUGGUGCGAGCUCUGCCUGCUCCAGCCACCGAGCGAGCCGGGAGCAUGGGGCAGGUGGCUUGGAAGGCUUUAUUUCUGUCUCUUUUCGAUUAUAAAACGGAGAAAUACGUCAUUGCCAAGAACAAGAAGGUGGGGGUCCUCUACCGAGUGGUGCAGCUCUCCAUCCUGGCUUACCUGGUGGGGUGGGUGUUUGUGGUCAAGAAAGGCUACCAGGACACAGACACGUCCCUCCAGAGCUCCGUCAUCACCAAGCUGAAAGGGGUGGCCUUCACCAACACCUCGGAGCUGGGGGAGAGGAUUUGGGAUGUUGCAGACUAUGUCAUCCCUCCCCAGGGUGAAAGUGUCUUCUUUGUCAUGACAAAUCUGAUUGUGACCCCCAACCAGAGACAAGCCACGUGUGCUGAGGUAGGAAGAACUGAGCCCCUUGACCCCCAGACCCCUGCAAAGCCGGGGGUAAGAACUGACAGAGGACACUUCUGGAGCAACAAAGAAAGGAAGGAUGAAAGACAAGUAUUUUUUCCUAGUGCCAGCAUUCCCGAUGCCCUGUGUGACAAGGACACGGACUGCCAGGAAGGGGAAGCAGUGGUGGCUGGCAAUGGGGUUAAGACUGGCCGUUGUUUGAAAGACAGGGGCAGCACCAGAGGGACUUGUGAGAUACUGGCCUGGUGCCCAGUGGAGAAAAGAUCCAAGCCCAAGAAACCACUUCUGGGCAGCGCAGAAAACUUCACUGUUUACAUCAAGAACUCCAUUCGCUUCCCCAAGUUUAAGUUCUCCAAGAUGAACGUGCUGGCAACCAACAACGAGUCCUACCUGAAGAGCUGUCGGUACAGCCAGGAGCAUCCCUACUGCCCCAUCUUCGUGCUGGGCAACAUCGUCCGCUGGGCUGGGGGCAACUUCCAGGAGAUGGCCUCGGAGGGUGGUGUGAUAGGAAUUCAGAUUGAAUGGAACUGUGAUCUUGAUAAAGCCCCUUCUGAAUGUAAUCCUCACUAUUCUUUUAGCCGGCUGGAUAACAAGUCUGCAGAAACCUCCAUCUCUUCUGGGUACAACUUCAGGUUUGCCAAGUACUACCGGGAUGCUCAGGGGGUCGACUACAGGACGCUCAUUAAAGCCUACGGAAUCCGCUUCGACGUGAUGGUGAAUGGCAAGGCAGGGAAAUUUAACAUCAUUCCCACCAUUAUCAACAUCAGCUCGGGGCUGGCACUUAUGGGAGCUGGAGCUUUCUUUUGUGACCUGGUGCUGCUAUAUUUGAUCAAGAAGAGCAACUUUUAUCGAGGCAAAAAGUAUGAGGAAGUCAAGUCCAACUCCAGGAAAUCCUUGUCGAGCCCUACGCUGAACGGGAACCAGAGCCCGGAGCAGCUCGAUGGGCUCUAGGCACAGCUGGACUCCUGCUCCAGGAAAUCCACACAGGUGUGGCAUCACACCAGCACUGGGAGGUGGACAUACCCCAGAUCAGGCCUACUAAGAUCAGGAUUUCCAGAGGAAGAAACCUUCUCUAAAGACUGCAUUUCUUCCCUGAGAUUUCUCUGGGAUCCUGAGCUUGCAACGUGUGUCGUCACUAUGGAUUUAUAAAAGGAUUUUUAUGAAAGGACAAAGAAGGCACCCAAUGAAUGUUUUUAUAUCCACUGAUAGAUAUAUCUGUACUUAUGCCAAUAGCCAGCGCUGUCCUGUGGCUGUGCUUUGCUUCCACGAGGAGAAAAGCUGUGAUGGGAGCACUUUGGGAAGGGCUGAAGCUGAAACCCAACCUGUCUCCUGCUCUGCUGCUGUGGCAGCCACCGCCUCCAGCUCCUGCCUGGGUGAUGUGACAUCAGCUGUGAAGCGCCAGGACUGCUCUGCUCAGGAAAUGCAGGAAAUGUGGCACUGGAGCAGCUCUUGG